CUUCGUCUCGUUCAUCCGCGCCCACACGGCGAAACGCUUCCUCUGACAACCUCGUCUCCGCCUUCGCCCACCACGCAAAGAUAACAGGCAGUUGCCCAGCGAAGGCACUCCGGGCGCCAGCAUCACAAUGUCCAACACUCAAGGGGGAACUCCCGCCACCGGCGAGGCCUCGGUUCCCGCUCCGACUACCGCUGCCGAGUCCCAAGCCACCUCCGCCGCCGAAUCGUCCUCCGCCGCCGCCGCGCCCACCUCAGAAUCCGUCUCCGAGCCAGCGACGAGCGCCGCUGCAUCGUCUUCGCAAGCCCAAGAAACCAGUUCAGCACAAGAGACUCAAUCCGCCGAGACUACCGCCGCUGCAUCGUCAUCAGAUAGUCCAGUUCCCUCCUCGACCGAACCGUCCUCGACCCAGCAGCAGCCCAGUAGCACUGCUCAGAACGAGCAGACAUCCACCUCGCCUACCGAAGCUGCCAGCAGCAGCAGCGACACCAACAACGACAGCAGUAGUCAGGACAACCAAACUUCCUCUACUCGAACUACCGAGGAGGUAUCCACCGUUGUCACUGUUACGAACAGCGAUGGGGCUGCCCAGACGAGCGUCGUCGUUAUUCGAACCAUUACCACCAACCAGGCCGCCACCGGGACAAGCUCAGAGACUGCCGCGACCACUACCUCGGCUUCCAAGGACAUCAAUAACUCGGGGGGUUCGAGUGGAGGUCUGAGCCAGCAGAGCAAGGUUGCCAUCGGGGUUGUUGUGCCUAUCGCUGCAAUUGCCAUCUUGGCCCUCAUUGGCCUCUUCUGGUGGAAGAAGCGUCGCUCCCGCAAGCAGGCUGAGGAGGAACGUCGAAAGGAGGUUGAGGACUAUGCCUACAACCCCAAUGCCGACCCUACCAUCCCCGCAGUUGGCAUGACCGAUGGCAGUUAUGAGAUGAGGGAGGAGGCGGCUUCGGGUUACCGCGGCUGGGGCAACACUACAGUUGGCUCCACCGGCCGCAAAGCCUCAACCACCAUGUCCGGCGGCCAGACUGGCCAGGCUUAUUCGGAUGCUACGUCACCUACGGCUCACAUGUCCGACGGCAGAUCCGGCGAACCCUUGAUGGAUGGCUCAUACUCACCCGAGGGCGAGAUUCUCGGUGUCAUGGGCCCCUCUUCAGCCAACAAUCGCGGGGGUGAUGUGCACCGCGGUCCCUCCAACGCCUCUUCCUCAUACAGUGCUGCCAGGUCCGACGGUUCCGAUCCCAUGGGUACCUCGUACGGCGCCGGUGGAACGUACUACGACCAGUACGGCCAGAAUAACCCAUACAAUGACGGAGGUCCGCGACCUGACGUCCCCGGCGCACCUGUGAUCCGCGAUAACCCUGCGCGGCGCAACACUCGCAUCGAGAACCCCUCUCACUACCCUCAACAGAGCGCGGGCAUUUCUCAAAACUUUUAAACGAAAACCACCGUCUGGGGCAGUGAAUCCCGCCGCCCCUAGAGCUUUCCUUAUAUUCAAGAUACCCGCCUCCUGUCGAAGACUCUCGCUUGGAAGUGGAUUAUGCACUGGCGUUUGAUUUUUUGGCAUCGUUUCUUUUGUUCUAUUUGAUGAGGGGGAUAUUUUCAUGUCUCUGCCAUUUACCUCGGCAGACUCACCUAACCUAAUCGCUCCUUGAAAAAUCGACGUCUCCUGUCGGGUGUUGUACCACCAGAAACAAGAGCAUAUCCGUUUUUUUACUCCCUUUCGAACGUUUCCACGGAAUGGAAUCAACACGAAGGGGCGACUUGCACGACAACGCUCGCUCCUGAAACGCUUAUAUCAUG